AUGGAGAUGCGCCUUUCAGUGAAACUAUCCUUCCCACCUAUUCGCGGUGUCCACCCUCCCCUCACGCUAAAGGCCGUUGUAUCUGCUUGCAACAACCAGGACGGCGUACUGCCUGAAUCCCUCGUGGACGACGACAUUGCUCGAGACACGGACAGCUCACGCAGGAUUUGCCACAUACGUGGCAAUCAAGACGGUCUCUCACCUGAACGAUGCUGUAGAGCAUUUUCGGGUGGAUGUGAAGCAGUGUUUCUGCUCCCAUCGUCGUACGCAAACUUACGAGUGGCAGCACUCCAGGGGCCAGCCAUCAUCCUCAUUGCCAGUAAGAAAUUGUGCAGUGUCAUCGUUGUCCUGAUGAUGUCAGGAGAGCCCCACCACGUUCGCUUCCCGCGCAUCACUCUCGCGGACUUGGAGAAGCCCACAAAUGACUUCGCCAGGGCGAUACGGCAAGCAUCUCUGAUGGAGUUGAGGACGGAUCAAAUAGUAUUCUUCUACACAGUACGGGGAGAGAUCACGCUGCCCAUCGUCAACGUACUCCAGAGUGAUCUCAUAGGAUCUCAUAUCACACAUUCCUCUCCACGCAGCCCGCCCGUCCGUAAGCUCGUCUCCUCGACGGCCAACCCCAUCUCUCUCUCGGGCGACGACGCCACGCGAGCAGGUGCACUCGAAGCUUUGCGACACAACAUCUGGAUGCACCUCGCUUGUCAUGGAAAGCAGGACCGCGAGCUGCCUUAUAACUCAUGUUUCGCCGUGAGAGACCAACCCCUCGCGCUGCUUGACAGCAUGGAGAACGACACUCCGCACGCCGAGUCCGCAUUCUUAUCGGCGUGUCAUACCGCCGUCGGUGAUGAGAAGACACCCAACGAAGCCAUCCACCUCGCAGCUGGACUCCAAUUUUCUGGGUUCAAGAACGUCAUUGGCAUGUUGUGGGUGGCCGAUGACGCUGUUGCAAAACACAUUGUCGAAGCUUUCUAUGAGAACAUGUUUGAGAAUUUGGAGGAUGGUAAUGUCACGGAACGUGUACGAAGAGGACCAGGGCAUUCAACCAUGCUACGUGCUCCGUGA